AAAGAAAAAGGGACACAUGAGAGAGAGAGAGGAAACUUCGCACCCUUUUGGCCCCUUGCGUACUUAUCGUUAAGCGGGUGGUGGCGUUGUUGAGUCGUCUCCACCAGGUAUUAUUAGAUCUGUCUCACUCUCUCUCUAAAUCUCUUUCUUAGUACCAAUACCGAGUGGAUCUCCUCACUUUCUCUAUAAUUAUAAAUUCAAAUUCUUUAUACUUUUUGUACUGUGCUUCAGUGCUGUCUCUUGAGCUCACCUUCUCUUCUCUACAUUAUCACUGUUAACAUUUUUGCCUUUAAAAUAAUUGAACCUCUUUUCGGGGAAUGAACCAAUCAAUCACGUGAAUUAUACGUAUAUACACUAUUUUUUAAUAUAUUCUAUCUAUAUAUAUAUAUAGAAAGAGAGUUUGGGAUCUCUGCCGACUAUGAAUUUAUAUGGUGGUUACGAAUAAGAGCUGACUUAUAUUGUAUUGAAGCUGUUCACUUAAGGUCUUGUUUAUAGAUUAGAGAUCUAGGGUUUGUAUUUGUGAGGGAUGGGGAGCUCAGAGGAAAGAGUGGUUGCUGUGAUCAUGGUGGGUGGGCCGACCAAAGGUACUCGAUUCCGGCCAUUGUCAUUGAAUAUUCCAAAGCCACUUUUUCCACUUGCUGGACAGCCUAUGGUUCAUCAUCCAAUCUCUGCUUGCAAAAGAAUUCCAAACUUAGCACAGAUCUAUCUUGUUGGUUUCUACGAGGAGCGAGAAUUCGCGUUAUAUGUCUCUUCAAUCUCUAAUGAGCUUAAAGUACCUGUCAGAUACUUGAAAGAGGACAAGCCACAUGGGUCAGCUGGUGGACUUUAUAACUUCAGAGAUCUGAUCAUGGAAGACAACCCGUCACAUAUAUUUUUGCUGAACUGUGAUGUCUGCUGCAGUUUUCCACUUCCUGAGAUGCUUGAUGCUCACAAAAGAUAUGGUGGGAUGGGAACAAUCCUGGUGAUCAAGGUCUCCGCUGAGUCAGCAAACCAGUUUGGGGAACUGGUGGCUGAUCCCAUAACCAAUGAGUUGUUGCAUUACACAGAGAAACCUGAAACUUUUGUAAGCGACCGAAUAAAUUGUGGUGUUUACGUAUUUACACCAGAUAUUUUCACUGCCAUUCAAGGUGUUUCCUCACAACGGAAAGACAGAGCUAAUCUAAGACGUGCCUCCAGUUUUGAAGCCCUCCAAUUUACAGCAAGGAGUCUUCCUACAGAUUUUGUAAGACUGGAUCAAGAUAUCCUAUCACCUCUUGCAGGAAAAAAGCAGUUAUAUACAUAUGAAACAAUGGACUUCUGGGAACAAAUCAAGACUCCUGGCAUGUCUUUGAAAUGUUCUGCUCUGUUUCUUGCCCAAUUUCGGUUCACCUCCCGACAUUUUUUGGCAAGUGGAGAUGGUAUAAAGAGUGCCACCAUUGUUGGUGAUGUUUAUAUUCAUCCAUCAGCAAAAGUACAUCCAACUGCCAAGAUUGGUCCGAAUGUAUCAGUUUCUGCAAAUGCUCGUAUAGGAGCAGGUGUGAGGCUCAUUAGUUGUAUCAUCCUUGAUGAUGUUGAAAUCAAGGAGAAUGCUGUUGUUAUUCAUGCAAUCGUUGGAUGGAAAUCUUCUAUAGGGAGAUGGUCCCGAGUCCAGGCUGCAGGAGAUUACAAUGCAAAACUUGGAAUUACAAUUCUUGGUGAAGCUGUGACCGUUGAAGAUGAAGUAGUUGUGGUCAACAGCAUUGUCCUUCCCAACAAGACUCUAAAUGUUAGUGUUCAAGAAGAAAUUAUACUAUAGUAAAGCAAGACAAAGAGGGAUCCUAUCACUUAUAUAUAGAUAUAUAUAUGUUAUUGCGAUUGCUACUUAAUUUUUUAUUACAAUUUGUAAAUGAACAUCUUCUGAAUUAGAAUAAUAGAAAUUUGAUUCCUCUAUUUUGUUCA